CAAAAACAGAAAAGCUUACUGGGAAAGAAGGGUUGUUGUAAAAUGACGUUAUCCACCAUUCCAAUAGCUUCCAGUAUUUCCAUUCCCAUUCCUUCUCUUCAAAAUCCGAAGGUCCUUAGCUGCAGAAGUUUCCAGGUUAAAAAAGAUGGGAGUUUCUGUGGUCCAAAAAUUGCCGCUUUCAAGAUGUCUAGAAAUCUUGAAUUCAAGGCCAAUUCGGUUUCAGGGGAUAGCAGUGCCUCCGUUGGGUUUAAUGUGCCCUUUCCUAGUGAUUAUUCUGAGAUUCUUGAACAAGCAAAAGAAGCAACUGAAUUGGCUUUGAAGGAUAAAAAGCAGUUGAUGUAUAUGUUACAGGAGAUUGAAUUUCCAACUGCUGGACUUGAAUCUGUACCAGGAGAUGGUGAAGGAGGUAUAGAAAUGACUGGAAGUAUGCAGUUGAUUCGUGAGUUUUGUGACAUCUUCAUAAAUCCAGAGAAAGCAACAAGGACCAGAAUAUUUUUUCCCGAGGCCAAUGAAGUUAAAUUUGCAAGGCAAUCCGCUUUUGGAGGAGCUUCAUUUAAGUUGGAUUAUCUGACAAAGCCAUCUUUAUUUGAGGAUUUUGGUUUUGUCACAAAAGUCAAAAUGGCUGAUCGGGUGAAGCCAGAAGAUGAACUGUUCCUUGUCGCCUAUCCAUAUUUUAAUGUCAAUGAAAUGCUUGUUGUGGAAGAGCUUUACAAUGAAGCUGUGGUGAACACUGCUCGGAAGCUGAUUAUAUUCAAUGGGGAACUUGAUCGGAUAAGAUCUGGGUAUUAUCCACCAUUCUUCUAUCCAAAGUUGGCUGCUCUUACCAAGAGCUUGCUUCCUAAGAUGGAGACUGUGUAUUACAUUCACAAUUUCAAAGGACGCAAAGGAGGAACUCUUUUCAGGUGCUACCCAGGUCCAUGGAAAGUCCUCAGAAAAGUGAGGAAUGAAUACAUUUGUUUGCAUCAACAGGAAGUGAUGCCAUCCCUCAAGGAAGUCGCCUUGGAUAUUCUUCCCUCAGCUUGAAGUUUUCAGUAUGUAAUUCUCCCAAACGGCAACUCUACCUGACUUCCUUGAGGAAUGUCUAUCUCUAAGACAAAAGGUUCCUAUCCUAAACAUCAUGUAGCAACUUCAAUAUACUGGAAACUUGCUGGUCAUGAUGCUAUGGAAAAGCAGGGUUUCUCCAUCCAGAAUGUGAAGAGAUACUUGGAAGGGUUUCUGUGUUUGCUUUUUGUAUUAUAUUUCUUGUAACGUCUUCUAAGAUUAAAAUUAGAUUUAAGUGUUGUAAAGAGUCAGGAUUAACAUAUCUCAUGUAUAAACAUAUUUGCUUUCUGAGGGGAAGAUGCUGAAAUGCAUGUAAAUAUUUUGAUUUGAUUGGUUGGGCUCUUGUUGAGGGUGGUUGAGAUUUUUUAUACCCCUCUUUCUUU